CAGAGUGUGUGAAAGAAACUUAACAAACUUGGCAUUUGGGUUAAUCUUUUACUUUUUCAGUACACACAGAGCAAUAAAAGGGGGGGUUGUACUAGAGACACACUAUUAAAGGUGAAGGUGUGUGAAAAGUUGAAGACUCCACCAACAAAGAUUUUUAUUUUAAUUUAUUUUUAUCUCCCUAUAAUUUAUUGCAGAAAUCUCAGAUGUGUUUUUUCUUUUAAAGAGGAAACAAAUCCAUUAAUGGCUUCUUAAAUUUUUCAGUCCAGAAUCAAAUAAAUCUUUUUCCUGCCUGAAUUUCAUUUAUUGUUGUUAUAUCCAUCUGAGGAAAGUCAGAUAUUGGGUUUUUGUGUUCUGCUGCUGCUGACUUUUCUGAUUUGGGAAAAGAUCUCAACAAUUUAGUGAUGGGUUCAUUGAUUAAUCAUGAAUUCUAAUGUGGGUUUUUGUUUUUAGUCAAAAUUAAGAGAGAAUUUUUUUUUUUUAUAUUUGGGGUGAAGAUCUUGUUUAGGAAGGAGGAGAAGAGGGGUAUGAUAAAAUGGGUGGAGAAGAAUUAAUUGAGUUGAAAUUUAGACUUGCUGAUGGAAGUGAUAUUGGUCCAAAUAAAUAUAAUCCAACUACAACUGUUGGAUCUUUGAAAGAAAUCAUUAUUUCUCAAUGGCCUCAAGGUAAACAAAAUGGUCCAAAGGCCGUAAGUGAUGUGAAGCUGAUAAACGCAGGAAGAAUAUUGGAGAACAACAAAACCCUCACCGAGUCUAGGGUACCAGUUGGUGAGAUGCCAGGAGGAACCAUAACUAUGCAUGUAGUUGUUCAACAUCCAAUGGUAGACAAGAAAAGUGAGAAACAACUUGCUGAUGCGGCAAACAACAGAUGUUCAUGCUCAAUUCUGUGACUUAAAAAGAAUCAAGUCCGACGAGCUUCUUUCAGUCUUUGGCCAUCAUUUGCCUUUGUUUUCAAACAUUCACCAUCACAAUUCAAAAGCUGACAACAUACGUUCAUUUGCUACAACAAAAACCAAAACCGGAGAUGUGGUAAAAGCUUUUGGGAGUUCAUAAACCAUUCACAGGUGUUUUUCCUUUUCCUUUUGUAAACGUCGUCAAGGUUUUCUCAUAGUACGUAGUUUGGGAACACUGUUAGAUUGUUCUUUCAGUGUUUUGUGUAGCCAAAAAAAUGAACUAUAAAUAGAAUUUGGGUUCACUUGUUUCUGCAAAAUGAGAAGAAAUGCAACCUCAAAUGUAUAAAAAAUGUGAGAAGUACUCUUUUUUGUUUCUCAAGUCAGCAACUUGGUUCUGGUGGGGUGUUAUGUUGUUAAUAUCAAAAGAAAAGAUCUUUGGAAAAGAAAAUUUCUUCUCUUGACUUUUCCAACA